AUGGCGGACGAAAUUCAGCAACCAGCGAAGAAGCGCAGGAAGACAGAAAAAACAGGAUCCGAUCUUGAUGAUAAGCUUGAAUCAAAGAAGCAGUCUGCAAAGAAAUCGGGUAAGAUUGAGAAAUUAAACUCACUAUACACGAUUUUUUGGCCAGGUUCACAGCAGUUUAGCUAUAAAAGUUGCAUCUUAAAACUGUUUCUGCAGGUAAAGAUGUGAAUAGUCGCAACGACCUUAAAGAAAAGAUGAGGGAAACAUUCAAAGUUGAACUUCCCUCCGAUUUUUUCGAUUUUUGGGAUUUUUGCAAAAAUCUGAAAGAUGGAAAUCCAUGUGGUAAGUCUGCUUUCAGUAUCUACACCCCUUGCAUCUAUCUAUGACUAAGAACUUAAACUAAAGCUUAAGUAAAAGUCGAUAGUUAAGUAAUAAAAUUAACUUUGCACUCUAAAAUUAACAAUGAUAGCAAUAAUAAUGAUAAUGAUAACAAUGAUAAUGAUAAAUGAUGAUGAUAGUGUUACAGUCAAAGCAUGUCAAGCGUUCCUGUUGCUGGUGGACUAAUCAAUUAAAUUCAUGAAUAGAUUCGGUUUGUUGAUUCAAUAAUUCAUUCAAUCGUAUUUCCUUCCCUUUCCUGCCCUGAUGUAUGCUCGGUUGUAUCUUGAAAGCCUUAUUCACUUAGUGAAUGCACUCUUUUCUUUAAGCUGCAAGCAAAAGCUGUUCAUAGCUGGAACCUUACUAAUUUGUCUCAUGUUUGUCAUUGUAUAUUUCUUACCAUUGGACAGAUUGGUCCCUGUUUUUAAGGCCCUAUUCAUCGCUAGACCUUAAUCAUGAUAAGGCUUGGUAGUUCAUGGUACAACUGUGUAUACUGGUCAAACUUUGAGACACUGUCUGCCUGUAAAAGUUCUGCUAUGCCACACCUGGUCAUUAUUCAGCUAGCUCGCAUGAAAGCAAACAGUUAUGGUAAUUUUGUCACCUGCCCUCCCUCCCUUUGGAGGAGUUGUGUUCUGUUAUGUAUCAAUAAAAGUUUGUUGGGUCACUUCUUGCAAUGCAGUUAAGUGUACGUUGGGACUUCCCGCAAACUUUAGGCAUUGCUUGUGUCUUGCCAUCUUCUUCCUUAGCCUUAAUCUUGUCUGAUCCAGCCCGUACAGUGCUGGGGAGAUAAGAAAGGCUCUGCCAAUACUCUUGUCUGAUAUCCACGGUAGUGGGGUGAUAAGUGAGGCUUGCGUUAUUUUGUGCGCAUAACCCAAAGUUUCAUAACCUGCCACAGGGCUUUGUCCCUCCUCCCCCCCUUAUUAAGCCAUCUUGUAGUUGUUGUUCAUUUAGCCUGCAUGUGUUAUUUAGUUGCGUGACUUUUUCAUGCGUAUCUUAAGCAGAAUAGUGACAGUAAUCAAUCUAAAGCCAAACCCAGCUUUAUUAUGGACACCUCAUUAUUACAGACAGUUUGCUUUAUCCCUUGGGAAAGAAAGCCAUAACAUUUUCUCGAAAUUCAACCUGCUUAAUACAGACACCCCGUUGAUAUGCACAUUUUGUAUGGCUCCAUCAGUGUCCGUAAUAAUGGGGUUGACUGUUAUUUAUAUUCUGUUUCGAUCAUUUGUAGAUGCUUUGAAAGAAUCUCUUGGGUUACAGCUGGCUGGACCAUAUGAUAUUUUGUCAGGAUCCUUUGAUGAUGUGAAAGAGUCAGAUAUGAUAUCAUAUCACCUUCAUUAUAGAUAUUACUAUGAUCCUCCAGAAUUUUUGACUGUUAUAAGAGGUGAUGACAAGACAGGUUUUCAUGUGGGAUACUAUAGGUAAAACUGGCUAAUAGACAACACGUUUCUUCUGCCUGUCUUUAUGUUCCCAGUAUUUAAAACACUUCACCUGAUUUAAACUGAAUGGCAACUCAAUGUAAGUUUUUGGUUUUUUAGAGAUGAUCCAAGAGUUCUUCCAGUGUUCGUAGCAUCUAACCAGGCUGAGAAGGGUUGUGAAUUUUCUGUCCUUGGUGAAAACCUCUUUGCAGCAAUCAAGUAAGCAUUACUUUAUAAAUUUAGUUCUCUUUGUGAUGAUUAUAGGUGACUUGCUUCAGUCAUGACCCUGCUUGUUUCAACUCCCAAUAAUAUUUUAUCUAUUUUUAAAGUUUCUUCAGGAAUGUAUUAUUCAAGUAGAGGCUACAUUCCUUUUACGUAUUAGCAUGUGGAAUGUAAAUGAGGAUUUCAACUGCUUGAAACACAAAUUGUUUCAGGAAACUAAGGCCCGGUUCAGACGCCGAACUUUUCAUGAGCCGAACCUAAUUCGAAUUAAGGCCGACCCAAAUUAUUUAGACCAGCUAAAGUGAUUCAGACGCCGAUCUUAAUUCCAGCUGAACUAAAUUCAGAAGGCAAAAAAUGCGCAUUUCAGUCAAACUGCUUACAAAAUACUUUAUAAGAAUUUCUGUAUUUGGUUCGGUACAUGAAAAGUUCGGCGUCUGAAUCAAAGGCGUUCCAAAGUCGAUCCAAAGGCAAAAUUCCCGGCCGGGCUAGGCGAAAAGAACGGCUGAGCCAUUCCAAAUUGAAACAGGCGUUCCUAAUUGAUUCAGACGCCGAACUUUUCAUGUACUUAAUUCGAUGUAUUAGGUUCGGCUCAUGAAAAGUACGGCGUCUGAACCGGGCCUAAUCUUGAAAGAGGUUUACAUAUAUGUUAUACAGAACUGUAGAUUUACUUUUUGCAUGCAUAGUAAUGCUUCUUGUUCCUAUCCCCAAUCUUACUGACUUUAUUAGUAUUGUCUCGUUGUCUUAGCAAAUUUAUUGCUGACUUUAUGAAGACCUCAAGUGGUAAAUCCAAGCAAAAAUCAUUGAAGACACUUCAGACAUCACUUGUUUCUGAAGCAAAGAAACUGAAAUACAAUCUUGAGACAAGCACAUCAGCCAUCAAAGCUAGAAACAAGACAGUUGUGAGUAAGACUUUUCACAAAGCUGGAAUUGUUGUCCCAGUCAUAAAUGAAGUUGGGUACCGGCCUCUUACCAUGACUGACGGUGAGUUGGAGGUAGUCAUAUUCUGACUGAAAAGUAUUAAAUUUAACAUCUUCAUACUUUGGACAAUUUUUAUUGCUUUAAUUUUUUCUUUUUUAAAUCACGAACUCAGGUACAUAUCUACAUACAAAUUCUCCUGUCAUCAAGAGUAAAGGUUAUGAGAAUUACCAAAGGUAGAUCGCUUUGAUCUUACACCAAAUUCUCUCAACUAUUCUUAAAAAAAAUGUAUGGAGAUCAGUCUGGAGAAUUUGAAUGUGGAUCUUGGCCCUUGAAGGGGUAAUUCUUGUAACUUGUUACCUGAAAAGUGUUGUUUGGAUGUAAAGAUAGGAAUAUUAACCCAUUAAGCCCCAAUAUCCACAUACAAAUUCUCCAAACUGAUCGCCAUACAUUUCCUUAAAUAAUUAGUCGAGAGAAUUUGAUAAAAGAUCAAAGAUUUUUCUCUUGGUGAUCAUUUUAUUAAUUGUGAUAGACUUUGCUCUUGACAAUCUAUGGAUAUUGUUAGGAGAAAAUUGAUUUUGGACACUACUGGGGCAUAAAGGGUUAAGGAUAGGACAAUAAAUCAAUCACUGUUGAAUCCUGUAGUUGAUUAUUUCUUAAAUUUUAUUGAACUGUAGGUGAACUGAAGAAAAUCCUGAAGCAAAUAACAGAAGGUAAGAAUGAGAAAGAUCAAGAAAAGGCAUCUGAGGAUCUCCAGGAAAUAAUGACGCUAGUUCAGUUUGCUAAUGAUGAGUGUGAUUAUGGAAUGGGACUUGAGUUAGGAUUGGAUCUGUUCUGUUUUGGAAGUGAGCGUUUUCAUAAUGCCAUUCUUCAACUUAUGCCACUUGCCUACAGGCUUCUUAGCAGGGACACAUUUGCAGAGAUUGUAGAAGUUCAUAUAAAUAACCGAACUAGGGCUUCGCUGAGCCAGCUCCCAUCUUAA